GUCCGUAUGUCCGUGCAGCUUGAUUACAGGCGCAACGUUCUCUUUCUCCAUUAGGUGGCCUCAGCGCGCCACUGCCCACGCGUGAUAGGUCCCUUGUCCUGAUUCAGUUUUAUAACCUGCAUCUUAAUUUAAUUAAACUACACCACGGCGCAGAUUUGACUGGGUCAAAUUAAGAGAAAGUGCUGCUGAUAACAGGUGGGUUUAAUCGGCACUCAUGAUGUUUUAAACCUCUAAACUCUGCACAAGAGGCCACUCAUGACAAGACAUGUGUUGCCUGCUGCAUCGUGCUGUACAUUAUGGGCAGUUUAACUGGAUUUGGUCGCCGAAGGGGCCACAUUCACAUGCUCUCAUCCGUACUGCACUUUCUCUUGAAUGGGGCUACGUCAGAGCGCCGGUGUGAGUCUGAGCCGCAGGAGCGCAUGCACAGUCUCCGGGAUUUGGCCGCAGACGCGAGCAGAGGCUGCAGGACGACGCAGCGAGAGCGUUGACGGCUGUGUGACAUUUGAGUACUGUUGUCUGUGUGUUAUUAAUUCAUUAACAGUCAGCGAUGUGGACCCAAUCGAGGAUAUACUGGGGCUCUGGUUUGUUUUGUCGGACAUGGAGACUGGGUGCCCUUUGGAUUGACUUGACUGCAAAGUUCUCGUGGAAGCGAUGGGACGUUUAUUUUGAAAUAUAAAAUCAAUUGACAGCUGGCCGCGUCCGUGUGAGUAAGAGGACCGCUGAUGACGUGAGUGGGCAGUCAGAGAAUUCCUAACAUUACAGUGUUUGGGAACAAACUGGGCAGACAGAAGAGCUCAGGUAAUCACACAGAGGAAUUGAGUUACCACUACCUCUGCGGCUCAAAUGAUGUCGAAUCUAACUCACGAAGUCAGGGGGAAAAUGUCCUGCCCGGAGGGGGUUUGCCUCAAACACCUCAUCCCUCAGCAUUCAUCAGAAGAUACGAUGAUGGAGAUUGUUUGCAAGGCUGAAGCACAGGAGCCCCCUAGAUUCUAAUCCUGUGGAUAUGAUGUAGCACGACUUUUCAGCAUGACGUAACUGAACUCUCCCCGACCCGCACAUGUUCAGGGAUGGAUGACACGAACCUUACAACUGUCAUCGACUCUGGCUUUUUGGAUGAGGCUCCGUCGAGGCGCGUCUUGACUGGCUGUUUCCUCUCGCUGCUCAUCCUCACCACCUUGCUGGGAAACACUCUGGUCUGUGCCGCCGUCACCAAGUUUCGGCAUCUGCGCUCCAAAGUGACCAACUUUUUUGUGAUCUCGCUGGCCGUGUCGGACCUCUUGGUUGCCAUCUUGGUGAUGCCGUGGAAGGCGGUGACGGAGAUCGCCGGGUUCUGGCCGUUCGGCUCCUUCUGUGACACCUGGGUGGCUUUUGACAUCAUGUGCUCCACGGCGUCCAUUUUGAACCUCUGUGUGAUAAGCUUGGACCGGUACUGGGCCAUCUCCAGCCCCUUUCGCUAUGAGAGGAAGAUGACACCCAAAGUGGCCUAUGUGAUGAUCAGUGUGGCCUGGACGCUGUCUGUGCUAAUUUCCUUCAUCCCCGUGCAGCUCAACUGGCACAAGGCCCAAACUAAAUCUUACACGCCUCUCACCGGGUCCUCUUCAGGUUUCAAUGCUACAUCGUAUCGCAGCCCAGAGAACUGUGACUCGAGCCUGAACAGGACCUACGCCAUCUCCACCUCUCUCAUAAGCUUUUACAUCCCUGUGGCCAUCAUGGUGGCCACCUACACCCAGAUAUACCGCAUUGCCCACAGACAAAUCAGGCGGAUCUCUGCCCUGGAGCGAGCGGCCGAAAGUGCCAAGAACAGACACGACAGCAUUUGCGGCGGCUCCAGCAUCGCAGAGUCCGAGAGCUCUUUCAAGAUGACGUUCAAGAGGGAGACCAAGGUGCUGAAGACGCUGUCCGUGAUCAUGGGAGUGUUUGUGUGCUGCUGGCUCCCAUUCUUCAUCCUCAACUGCAUGGUGCCCUUCUGCGAGGAAUCGAGCGGAGGGGAGGCCUUCCCCUGCAUCAGCCCCACCACGUUUGACGUGUUCGUGUGGUUCGGCUGGGCUAAUUCCUCCCUCAACCCCAUCAUCUAUGCCUUCAAUGCAGAUUUCCGCAAGGCCUUCUCCAUCCUGCUGGGCUGCCACAAACUGUAUCCUGGAGGCCACAACCUAGAGACGGUCAGUCUAAACAAGAAAUGACUAAUGACUCUCUCACAGCACUGACUCAUCCUCAAUACUGAGUCCCAGCGUUCCUGUAGAGGCCAGUCUGAUCGACUUCGAACGAGAACGCCGCUCUCUGUGCAGACUCUUAGUGUGGCUGAAGGAUACGGUGACCGUACAUGUACCCCUGUUUGCAUUAGGCGAGUGGCCCGUCCGUGUGCAGACAAUGAGAGUACGCUUGCCGUGCACACCGUGGUCGCUGCACUGUCUUCGAGCAGAAGACGCUCCUGAAAGAGGAGAGGGGGAUUUAGGGGAUUGAGAUUAAGACUGUCCGCUGUUAUGCCAGGGACCUGGGAGCGCAGCGGUGCUGACACGCCCCUGGGAUACAUAAUCCCAUGACUGGGCAGCACACACCCUAAUGCUGUCAGACACCGCUCUCUUCAAUACCAUCACACACACGCACACAAACACAAACGCUGUCACAACACGCUCCUCCGAAUUCAGUGUAAAUGCAGCACCCAGCAUGCACUCUGCGGCAAACCUACAUGACAGCGCACAGAAAUAGCGUUACUCGUUACGUUUACAUGUUGUGCGCUGCAAGGAGUCCAGCGGUCAAAUCAAACCAUGUUUCAUACAUGAGCAAUGUAGGUGGAGUACAUCCAACGUGUGACUUCACGUUAACGCAAGAAUGAAAAGCAGAUUUGAUUUCACAUCUGGCUCAACCCAUUAAUGUUGUGAUUUUAAAAGGAACGUUCUGGAAAGUCGACACACGUGAAAACGUGGUCUGAAUUUCUUUUGGAAGUGAAUGUACACAAGACAGGAAAGAUGCAGCUUGUCGAACUGCAGCUCAUCGCUGAUGCCGGUUCACAAUUUACA